UGUCGCUCCGAUUCCACGUUGCGUAGCUGGUUGAAGCUUUUUAUGAGAUCAUCAGGUUGAAUCGGAGCUCCCAUCGCGCUCUUGCUCAAAUAUUCCCGUUUUCUUCUUAUUCUUCUUCUUCCCUCUCUGAAGAGAACUGAGAGAAAAGGAAAAUUUGAUAACCGAGCGUAUCUCAAGCAGAACCCAUGAAGUCGAACAGAGCGAGCCCAUCAAUCGCCCUUCCUCUGCUCGCUCUCUCCUCGUUCUUCUUCUCUCUCGCCGUCUCUGAUCCUCGAAUCACCGAAGCGCGCCUCAUCUGCCAGAACUCCACUUGGAUUGUCCCUGGAAAUGUCGUCUCCAUCGGCAUCGCCAUCAUGAACAAGGUCUCCGACAGCAUCGCUGCCCAGGGCUGGGUCAAGUACUCCCUCGCCUCGCCGCUGCCAGCAGUGUACGGCCUCGCCCAGUCCCAUGGGGACUUGACUGAGACCGAGUGCCGCCUCUGCUUUACCGAGAGCUGGCCCCGGAUCGCCCGCUGCCUCCCCAACUUUGGUCGGCUCUACCUCGACGGCUGCUUCCUCCGUUACGGCAGUUACGACUUCUACAACGAGACCGUCGAUCCAACGCACGACAUACUCAAGUGUAGCUCCAAUUUGACAGUCCCGGCAGAGAGAGUGGCCGAGCUCUCGGAUAGGGUGGACCGGGUCCUGAGGAAUGUCUCGGCCAGCGCUGUGCGGAACAAGGGCUUUGCGGUGGUUGAGGAGGACGGAGUUGGAGGAGUCGCCGGGGUAUAUGCUUUGGCACAGUGUUGGAGCACGCUUGAUGCCGGCGGUUGCAGAGUCUGUUUGGAGAAUGCAACUUCGAUGGCGAGAAGCUGUGCACCUGGAGAAGAAGCGCGGGUCAUGAAUGCGGGAUGCUUCCUCCGUUACUCGACCACAAAGUUCUACAACGUCCCCAGUAGCAAGUUCUAUAUCGUCCCCGGUAGCGGAGGUAACAAUUAGUCUCCUGAUCUCUGGUUUACCGACUUAAAAGAUGGCUUCCUCGCCAUUAAAGAAAAACCGACGCUCUUCUAUG